AUUCUCUCAAUUUUCCCUACUCUUUCAUCCUCUUUGACCUAGCAACCUAAGCGCCAUGUCUCUCGAACACACGAAAAAGGUUUACACCCUUAACACCGGCGACAAAAUUCCAGCCAUUGGUCUUGGUACAUGGCAGUCCAAGCCAAACGAGGUCAGAGAAGCUGUCAAGAACGCGUUGCUGAAGGGCUACCGUCACAUUGAUACUGCGCUUGCGUACGGCAACGAAGCUGAGGUCGGACAAGGUAUCAAGGAUUCUGGAGUUCCCCGCGAGGAGAUCUGGAUCACCACAAAGCUUGACAACACCUGGCACCACCGCGUCACCGAUGGCAUCAACAGCUCCCUCAAGGACUUAGGUGUUGACUACGUCGACCUAUACCUUAUGCACUGGCCCAGCUCGACCGAUCCCAACGAUCUGAAGAAGCACCUUCCCGAUUGGGACUUCAUCAAGACAUGGCAAGAGAUGCAGAAGCUUCCAGCAACCGGUAAGGUUCGCAACAUUGGUGUCUCGAACUUUGGCAUCAGAAACUUGGAGAAACUCUUGAACGACCCCAGCUGCAAGAUCGUUCCCGCUGUCAACCAGAUUGAAUUGCACCCUAACAACCCAUCGCCCAAGCUUGUCGCCUACAACUCUUCCAAGGGCAUCCACUCCACCGGUUACUCUUGCUUGGGAUCCACCAACUCUCCUCUCUACAAAGACCCCACUCUCCUGAAGCUGGCUGAAAAGAAAGGCAAGACACCCCAGCAGGUGCUGCUCGUGUGGGGUAUUCAGAAGGGCUGGAGUGUCAUUCCCAAGUCCGUCAGCAAGUCUCGCAUCGACGCCAACUUUGAGAUUGAUGGCUGGAGCUUGACCGAUGAAGAAAUCAACGAAUUGGACAACCUGAAGGACCGCUUCAAGGUCUGUGGUGAUGAUUGGCUUCCCAUUAAGGUCUUUUUCGGUGAUGAUGAAUGACUAUCUGAAAGCGACCGACUAUCUAGACUUUAGAACAAUAUUUGAGAUAAUAUGAUGCAAUAACGCAAA